AUGGAGGAGGACAGAACCAGUUUAGCUCCCGGUCGCUGGAGUUUGUUUGCAGAGUGCGGUGGAGAGGCGCCACACCCAGAGCCCCAGUCUCACUCCACCCACGAACGAGAAGACACCGAGAUGCGUGCUGUUCUGAUCCUGUCACUCCUGGCCCUGCUUGGCCUUGGCUCUGGAGAGGAAGGGGCCCGUCUUCUGGCCUCCAAGUCUCUGCUGAACCGCUAUGCUGUGGAGGGGCGCGACCUCACCCUACAAUACAACAUCUACAACGUGGGCUCCAGCGCUGCUCUGGAGGUGGACCUGUCGGAUGAUUCCUUUCCUCCAGAGGACUUCGGGAUUGUUUCGGGAAUGCUGAAUGUGAAGUGGGACAGGAUUGCACCAGCCAGUAAUGUGUCGCACACAGUGGUGCUGCGGCCGCUGAAGGCUGGGUACUUCAACUUCACCUCAGCGUCCGUGAGCUACGUCGCUCAGGAGGGAGGGCCUGUUGUGGUGGGAUACACCAGUGCCCCAGGACAAGGAGGCAUCCUGGCCCAGCGGGAGUUCGAUCGUCGUUUCUCCCCACACUACCUGGACUGGGCCGCCUUUGGGGUCAUGACCCUGCCCUCCAUCGGCAUCCCCCUGCUGCUCUGGUACUCCAGCAAACGCAAUCCGCUCUUGCCUCAGCGCGUCUCUGCAGCAGGCGCAGCGAACACAGGGACAGGCGCACAUCAGACGGUCCCCGACACAUCCAGGGGCCCAUCGCACAUCAGACCGUCCCCGAGCCAUCCAGGGGCCCCCGGCACGGCAGACCGAGCCGCGGCUGCGUCCACCCUCACGGGGAGAGUGACCAGAUCCACAGGCGUCAUCAGUCCUCCAGUGAUGGUGGGCUCUGGUCCAUGA